GGUGACUCUGCUGACGUUGGGCCUGUCGCUCUUCGUGGCCGGUGGCAAUGUGAGUUCCGAAAAUGCCGAAGGCUCCAGCUUCUAUGGUAUCUGUUUGCUGAUGGCCUUCCUGGUGUUCGACAGCUUCACCUCCAACUUCCAAGAGAAGUUGUUCAAAGAAGAUAACAUGUCCAAGUACAACCAGAUGCUCUAUAUGAACUUGAGCUCUGCGUUAGUCUCCACAUGCCUUUUGGUCUUCGGCGGCAUGCUGCCCUACAGCUUGGCUUUCCUGGACCAUCCCGGCUUCGCCAGCCACGUGCUGAUGUUGUCGCUCAGCGCCGCAGCUGGGCAGUACUACAUCUUCUCCAUGGUGCAGAGCUUCGGGGCUCUGGCGCUGGCGGCGGCCAUGAAUGCGCGGCAGGUGAGCACCAUCUUCCUGUCCUAUCUGACGCAGACGCAGCCGCUGACGUGGAUCCAGAGAAUGGGGCUCUUCAUCCUGUGUUUUUCGCUAAUGAUGAAGGCGUCCUGCAGCUUCAUCUUGGAGCCCGACGUCAAGCAGCUCAGCGGCCAGGACCCGCCCAAGGAGGUGGAACUGGAAGAUGCCGAGGAAGGGGAGCUCGAAUCCUUGGUGCGCGGAGGUUCCCAGUCCAAGAUGGAACUGGCUCACGUACUGGGCGCCAAGAGUAGCGCGACGGAGGGAUGACUGGAAACCCUGCAGUUUUUCAGCCGCAGUCCGACCUCCCACUGGGCCAAACGAGGCGAUCUCCGACAUCUUCGAGGGCCGAAAUCUGCUGACCCCACCGAUCUUCGAGGUUCGAGAUGGUGAAGGAGAGAUCCCAAAAGGAGAAGUGGCAGCGUGCCGCAGUGGGACCGGUGAAUCGACUUUGGGUCGAGUGGAGAAGUAUGAGAGUUCCUUCAGGUUUGUCUCCCAGGGUCCCAACCUGAAGCCCUGAAGCCAUGGCAACUGGGUGGGCGGGAAACGAAGCCCACCAAGCGUUGAUUCGUUUCACCUGAUGGUGGCACCAAAAGGUGCUCGCUAUGAGAGCAUACCGCUGGCCUUGGCCGUGCGAACUUGGAAAAG